CCCAAAAGUGAACUUACGAAUUUGAACAUAUUGAAGCAAGUAGAUUUCAAUUGAAACUGAUGAUAUUUUGUGGCUACGCAGCGGAGUUUAUAUAGAACUUGAAAAGGCAGUCACAAUUUGGGAACUUAUCAAGUUAAAGUCAAACUAAACACACACAAAACGCUGACCUUCAAUGCGUCUCAGCAUAACCCCCAAUCAAAAGCAACUCAAAGCCAAACCCAACUCAAACGCAAACGCAGACGCAGCCGAACACGAAUUCAACAAGUUUGUAUGAGAGAUCGUGUCUGUUAUUAUUGCCGAUUGCUGCAACGAAGGCGCAACUUUUGCUACUGCGGCUGCGGCUGCUGUCUUAUCAAACGGGCUUCAAGGUGGACGACCUGCCAGCUGCUGUUAUCGACUCUUUUGAGCCCUUAACCAGCCAGCAGCCAACAGUUCCUAUAAAAGCGUUUAGCGCAGAACCCAAAGGCAUCAGUUCACAUCGUCAGCUUCUCUACGCAGCACAACAGAACAACCACAAAAAACCCCAAACUCAACAUGUUCAAAUUCGUUGCUAUCGUCGCUCUCUUGAUUGCCUCCGCUUCGGCUGGCCUCAUCGAGACCCACCAUGUGGUGCAUGAGCCCGUUCUCGCCAAGGAGGGCACCGUGGUGCACAGCGCUCCUUCUGCCGUGUCUCACCAGAGCAUCACCCAGGUGCACAGCAAGCCAGUCAUCCAACAUGUUGUUGCUCCCGUCCUGAAGACCACAGUUCAUGCUGCUCCUGCCAUCGCUGUUCAUUCUGCUCCAGUUGUCCACACUUCGGUUGUCCACGCUGCUCCCGUGGUUCACGCUGCUCCAGUUGUCCACGCCGCUCCAGCUGUUGUGCCUGUUGUGCACUCUGCUCCUCUGGUCAAGUCUGUGCUGCACACAGCUCCUUUGGCCUACACUCUGCAUCAUUAAAUUAGCGCCAAUUUGAAUUUGUUUUGUUAUACUCGAAAAUAAA